ACCACCCACAAAGCUAUCUCUCCUCUCAAAGCCAAUCGACCUCACCGGAGAAUAACAGCUUUGAAACACAUCAUCUUUGCUCGUUGCUACCAUGCCUCACCAUGGGUUCAAGACCGGCCCUGCCUGCACCCAUUUGAAGGAGCAGGAGCUCCACUUCCACCUGUACAUGCACCACUACAGCAGCGGGUCAAACGCCAACGCCACGACGGCCGUGCACAGCAAGCACCAUAACAGCUUCGGCCAGAUCGCCGUCAACGACUGGCCCAUAUUCGACGGCCCCGGCCCGUGCGCCAAGACCGUCGCGCGGGGCCAGGGCCUCUACGUCCACGCUGCCCAGGCCGACCAUGCCUGCCAGGGCUUUGUUCCUGGCGUCGGCUAUACCUCCUUCACCAUCAAGUUUAACCAUGAAAGUGGGUUUCCGGGCUCCACGCUUUAUGUCAUGGGCGAUGCUGUGACGGCACAUGAGUCGGCCGUUGUUGGUGGAACGGGAGAGUUCACCAUGGCAGGAGGGAUUGUGAAGAAGAGCCAGAAGGAGACUAAUUGCAGCGGGUGGAUCGUUGAACUGCAUAUUCACGCUAGAUAUACCCCGAUGAAGCAUGGGAAUGCUUGGUCACUCUGAUGGAGUUCUAUCUAGAUCUGGCCGCGGUGACGCCAACUUUCCGGAAGUUUUUUUUUUCCGUGUGAACUUUGAAAUGUACUUUUUUUUAUCACAAGUUUGCUCUUCAAUUUUCUAUUACUUCCUCCGUCCAACAAAGGAUGUCUCAACUUUGAUUAAAUUUGAAUGUAUCUAUACAUUGAGUCACGUCUAGAUACAUCCAAAUUUUCACAAACUUGAGACAUCUUUUGUUGGACGGAGGGAGUAUUUUCUUUCCAGGAAUAAAAAGUUGUAGAAUCUCAUGUCAUUCUAUGAACGUGUUGCUUACAGUGCCUUGAGUUUGUAAUUUUGUGCAAGCCUUUCCGGGGAGGCGCAAUAUGUACCUCGUAUGAGUAUUUUGAAUAAAGAAGACUCUCUAUAUACUGA